CUGGCUGGCAGCGCGGCGGCAGGGAGCGCGGCACGCCGGGGGCACCGCACCGUCCGCAAUUGCGCCGCACCCCGGGGCCAUAGGUGCUCUUUAUGGCAUGUGGCUGGUAACUUUUUUCCUGCUGUACUCUUUGCGGAAAGCUCACACUGAAGAUGUUGGAACCAGCCUCUACUUUGUGAACGACUCCAUCCAGCAGGUCACCUUCUCCAGCACAGUGGGGGUGGUGAUCCCCUGCCCGGCCGCGGGGUCACCCAGCGCCGUCCUUCGGUGGUAUUUGGCCACAGGUGACGACAUCUACGAUGUGCCCCACAUCCGGCAUGUCCAUGCCAAUGGGACUUUGCAGCUCUACCCCUUCUCGCCAUCAGCCUUCAAUAGCUUUAUCCACGACAACGACUACUUCUGCACGGCGGAGAACUCGGCUGGCAAAAUCAGGAGCCCGAAUAUCCGUGUUAAAGCAGUUUUCAGGGAGCCGUACACCGUCCGGGUGGAGGACCAAAGGUCGAUGCGUGGAAACGUGGCUGUCUUCAAGUGCCUCAUCCCCUCCUCAGUGCAGGAAUAUGUUAGUGUUGUGUCCUGGGAGAAAGACACCGUUUCUAUCAUCCCAGAAAAUAGGUUUUUUAUUACUUCUUAUGGAGGUUUGUACAUAUCGGACGUGCAGAAGGAAGAUGCCUUGUCCACCUACAGGUGUAUCACCAAGCACAAGUACAGUGGGGAGACGCGGCAGAGCAACGGGGCCAGGCUCUCGGUGUCAGACCCAGCUGAGUCCAUCCCCACCAUGCUAGACAGCUUCCAGUCACGGGAGGUGCGUGCAGGCCGGCUGGUGGAGCUGCCCUGCAUCGCUUCGGGAUACCCCAACCCUGCCAUCCGCUGGCUGAAGGACGGACGCCCGCUGCCUGCUGACGGCCGCUGGGCCAAACGCAUCACGGGGCUGAGCAUCGCCGACCUGCGCGUGGAGGACAGCGGGACCUACAUCUGUGAGGUGACCAACACCUUCGGGUCUGCAGAGGUCACGGGGACCCUCACGGUCAUCGACCCUCUGCGUGUGACCCUCACACCAAAGAAGCUCAAGACGGGCAUCGGCAGCACCGUCAUCCUCUCUUGUGCCCUCAGUGGGUCCCCUGAAUAUGUCAUCCGCUGGUACCGCAACACAGACCUGGUGGUGGUGGAUGACUUCAUCUCCAUCCGGGGCAUCAGCAAUGAGACCCUCCUCAUCACGGCAGCACAAAAGAGCCACUCUGGAGCCUACCAGUGCUUUGCCACCCGCAAGUCCCAGACAGCACAGGACUUCUCCAUCAUCAUGCUGGAGGAUGGGACCCCCCGCAUCGUCUCCUCCUUCAGCGAGAAGGUGGUGAACCCCGGGGAGCAGUUCUCCCUGAUGUGUGCCGCCAAGGGCGCGCCGCCACCGACCGUGACCUGGGCCCUGGACGACGAGCCCAUCCCGCGGGACAACGGGCACCGCACCAACCAGUACACCAUGUCGGACGGCACCACGGUGAGCCACAUGAACGUCACCAGCCCGCAGAUCAAGGACGGCGGCGUGUACCGGUGCACCGCGCGGAACUCGGUGGGCAGCGCCGAAUACCAAGCGCGAAUAAACGUAAGAGGUCCCCCGAGCAUCCGGGCAAUGAAGAACAUAACGGCGGUCGCGGGUAGGGACACUUUCAUCAACUGCAGGGUGAUCGGGUACCCGUAUUACUCCAUCAAGUGGUACAAGGACUCUUUGCUGCUGCCCGAUAACCACCGCCAAGUGGUCUUUGAGAAUGGGACCCUGAAGCUGAUGGACGUCCAGAAAGGCAUGGACGAAGGGGAGUACCUGUGCAGCGUGCUGAUCCAGCCCCAGCUCUCCAUCAGCCAGAGCGUCCACGUCACGGUGAAAGUCCCUCCUCUGAUCCAGCCAUUCGAGUUCCCACCAGCCUCCAUCGGGCAGCUCCUCUACAUCCCCUGCGUGGUCUCCUCCGGGGACAUGCCUAUCCACAUCACCUGGCGCAAGGAUGGGCACGUCAUCCUCUCCGGCUCAGGCGUCACCAUUGAGAGCAAGGAGUUCAUGAGCUCCCUGCAGAUCUCCAGUGUCUCCCUCAAGCACAAUGGCAACUACACGUGCAUCGCCAGCAACGCCGCCGCCACGGUCAGCCGCGAGCGGCAGCUCAUCGUGAGGGUGCCUCCUCGGUUUGUGGUUCAACCCAACAACCAAGAUGGCAUCUAUGGUAAAGCCGGGGUGCUGAAUUGCUCUGUUGAUGGGUACCCUCCUCCUAAAGUGAUGUGGAAACACGCAAAAGGCAGUGGGAACCCCCAGCAGUACCACCCCAUCCCACUGACGGGCCGCAUCCAGAUCCUCCCCAACAGCUCACUGCUGAUCCGCCACGUGCUGGAGGAGGACAUUGGCUACUACCUCUGCCAGGCCAGCAACGGGGUGGGCACAGACAUCAGCAAGUCCAUGUUCCUCACCGUGAAGAUCCCCGCCAUGAUCACCUCGCACCCCAACACCACCAUCGCCAUCAAGGGGCAGAGCAAGGAGCUGAACUGCACGGCGCGGGGCGAGCGGCCCAUCAUCAUCCGCUGGGAGAAGGGUGACACCGUCAUCGACCCCGACCGCAACAUGCGCUACGCCAUCGCCACCAAGGACAACGGCGACGAGGUCAUCUCCACCCUCAAGCUGAAACCGGCUGACCGUGGGGACUCGGUCUUCUUCUCCUGCCAUGCCAUCAAUUCGUACGGCGAGGACAGGGGCCUGAUCCAGCUCACCGUGCAAGAGCCACCUGACCCCCCAGAACUGGAGAUCCGCGAGGUGAAAGCCCGCAGCAUGAACCUGCGCUGGACGCAGCGCUUUGAUGGGAACAGCAUCAUCACCGGCUUCGACAUCGAGUACAAGAACAAGUCUGAUUCCUGGGACUUCAAGCAGUCAACACGAAACAUCUCCCCGACCAUCAACCAGGCGAACAUCGUGGACCUGCACCCUGCUUCUGUGUACAGCAUCCGCAUGUACUCCUUCAACAAGAUUGGGCGCAGCGAGCCCAGCAAGGAGCUCACCAUCAGCACGGAGGAAGCAGCUCCUGAUGGGCCUCCGAUGGAUGUCACCUUGCAGCCGAUGACAUCGCAGAGCAUCCAGGUCACCUGGAAGGCCCCAAAGAAGGAGCUGCAGAACGGGGUGAUCCGUGGAUACCAGAUCGGCUACCGGGAGAACAGCCCGGGCAGCAACGGGCAGUACAGCAUCGUGGAGAUGAAGGCCACGGGCGACAGCGAGGUCUACACGCUGGACAACCUGAAGAAGUUCGCGCAGUAUGGGGUGGUGGUCCAGGCAUUCAACCGCGCGGGGACGGGGCCGUCCUCCAGCGAGAUCAAUGCCACCACGCUGGAGGAUGUGCCCAGCCAGCCCCCGGAGAAUGUGCGGGCCAUCUCCAUCACGUCGGAUGUGGCCGUCAUCUCCUGGUCGGAGCCCCCACGCAGUACCCUCAACGGUGUGCUCAAGGGCUACCGGGUCAUCUUCUGGUCCCUCUACAUGGAUGGAGAGUGGGGUGAGAUGCAGAACAUCACAACCACGCGGGAGAGAGUGGAGCUGCGGGGCAUGGAGAAGUUCACCAACUACAGCGUGCAGGUGCUGGCCUACACGCAGGCUGGUGACGGCGUCCGCAGCAGCGUGCUCUACAUCCAGACCAAGGAGGACAUUCCAGGUCCCCCAGCUGGCAUCAAGGCUGUGCCAUCCUCUGCCAGCAGUGUGGUGGUGUCCUGGCUGCCCCCAGCAAAGCCCAACGGCAUCAUCCGCAAGUACACCAUCUUCUGCUCCAGCCCUGGCUCAGGGCAGCCGGCCCCCAGUGAGUAUGAGACCAGCCCAGACCAGCUCUUCUACCGCAUCGCACACCUGAACCGUGGGCAGCAGUACAUGCUGUGGGUGGCUGCCGUCACCUCUGCGGGCCGUGGCAACAUCAGUGAGAAAGUCACCAUCGAGCCUGCUGGGAAAGCUCCAGCCAAGAUCAUCUCCUUUGGAGGCACUGUCACCACCCCUUGGAUGAAGGACGUGAGGCUGCCCUGCAACUCGGUUGGGGAGCCGGUCCCUGCCAUCAAAUGGACCAAGGACAGUGAGGACUCUGCCAUCCCAGUGACAGUGGAUGGGCACCGCCUGAUCCAGGCCAAUGGCACGCUGGUGCUGCGCUCGGUGAAGGCAGAGGACUCUGGCUACUACACCUGCACUGCCACUAACACCUGGGGCUUCGACACCAUCAUCAUCAACCUGCUGGUGCAAGUACCCCCAGACCAGCCUCGCCUGACUGUGUCCAAGACCUCGGCAUCCUCCAUCACGCUGGCAUGGAUUCCUGGGGACAACGGGGGCAGCUCCAUCCGAGGCUUCGUGCUGCAGUAUUCGGUGGACAACAGCGAGGAGUGGAAGGAUGUCUUCAUCAGCUCUUCCGAGCGCUCCUUCAAGCUGGAGAGCCUCAAGUGCGGCACCUGGUACAAGGUGAAGCUGGCGGCCAAGAACAGCGUGGGGGCCGGGCGCAUCAGUGAGAUCAUCGAGGCCAAGACCCACGGCAGAGAGCCCUCCUUCAGCAAGGACCAGCACCUCUUCACCCACAUCAACUCCACGCAUGCCAGGCUCAACCUGCAGGGCUGGAGCAGUGGGGGCUGCCCCAUCACCGCCAUUGUCCUGGAGUACCGCCCCAAGGGCAACUGGGGCUGGCAGAGCCUGCGCACCAACAGCUCCGGAGAGGUCUUCCUGACCGAGCUGCGUGAGGCCACCUGGUAUGAGCUGCGCAUGAAGGCCUGCAACAGCGCGGGCUGCGGCAAUGAGAGCACACAGUUUGCCACGUUGGACUACGAUGGCAGCACCAUCCCACCCAUCAAGUCUGCGCAAGGGGAAGGGGACGAUGUAAAGAAGCUGUUCACCAUCGCCUGCCCCAUCAUCCUGGCCACGCUGGGAGUGGCCCUACUCUUCAUCAUCCGCAAGAAGAGGAAGGAGAAGCGGCUGAAGCGGCUGCGAGAUGCCAAGAGCUUGGCAGAGAUGCUGAUAAGCAAGAAUAACCGCAGCUUUGACACGCCGGUGAAGGGGCCCCCGCAGGGCCCCCGCCUGCACAUCGACAUCCCCCGCGUGCAGCUCCUCAUCGAGGACAAGGAGGGCAUCAAGCAGCUGGGAGACGACAAAGCCACGAUCCCGGUGACAGACACUGAGUUCAGCCAAGCCGUGAAUCCCCAGAGCUUCUGCACAGGCGUCUCAUUGCAUCACCCUGCUCUGAUCCAGAACACAGGGCCGCUCAUCGAUAUGUCGGACAUUCGCCCCGGCACCAACCCUGUGUCAAGGAAGAGUGUGAAGUCUGCUCACAGCACCCGCAACCGCUACUCAAGCCAAUGGACCCUCACCAAGUGCCAGGCGUCCACCCCGGCGCGCACCCUGACCUCGGACUGGCGGACGGUGGGCUCCCAGCAUGGCAUCACCGUCACUGAGAGCGACAGCUACAGCGCCAGCCUCUCGCAGGACACCGACAAGGGCCGGAACAGCAUGGUGUCAACCGAGAGCGCCUCGUCCACCUACGAGGAGCUGGCGCGCGCCUACGAGCACGCCAAGCUGGAGGAGCAGCUGCAGCACGCCAAGUUCGAGAUCACCGAGUGCUUCAUCUCCGACAGCUCCUCGGAUCAGAUGACCACGGGCACCACAGACAAUGCCGACAGCAUGACCUCCAUGAGCACCCCCUCAGAGCCCGGCAUCUGCCGCUUCACCGCAUCCCCACCCAAGCCCCAAGACAGCGAGCGCGGCAAGAGCGUGGCCGUGCCCAUCCCACACCGUGCCAGCAAGAGCGAUUACUGCAACCUCCCGCUCUACGUCAAGUCAGACGCCUUCUUCCGCAAGCCAGACUCCCACGAGCCGUGCCCUGUGGUGCCUCCCCGUGAAGCCUCCAUCCGCAGCCUGGCCCGUGGUUACCAUCCCCCUGCCCGGCACCUGACGCUGGACCCCGCCGCCAAACCCCCAGGCCUUCCUCCUCCCUCCUCCUCCUCCUCCUCCUCCACCACCUUACCUCAAAGGACUCUACCCAUGCCCACCGCGGCCAGCACCGCGCCAGCGCCCGCCCCAGCGCCCGCCGCCCCUGCCGAGCCCCCCGCCAACACCACCACCGCCACCACCACGCACUCCAAGGUGGGGGGCUCGCGGGACUCGCUGCUGGAGAUGAGCACAUCGGGUGCAGGCAGGGCGCAGAAGCAGGGGGCCGGAGCCUACUCCAAGUCCUACACGCUGGUGUAGGCACCGUGAACUCAGCCCCCGCCCGCCCCUAUUUCUAUUUAAGUCACGGACCUGUACAUAAGGAACUCUUUUGUAUAAAUGAAACUAUUUUCUUCUUCUCCAGAUGGAAAACAAACAAACG